AUGGGUCGCGUUAUUCUCGCACAGAGAAAGUCCGGGGGGAUCUUCAAGUCCCACACCCACCACAACAAGCAGCCGGCCAAGUUGAGGAACCUCGACUUUGCCGAGAAGAACGGUUAUAUCAGGGGUGUGGUUAGGGAGAUCAUCCACGACGCUGGACGAGGUGCCCCCCUCGCUGUCGUCGUCUUCCGUGACCCGUACCGCUACAAGCUCCGCCGCGAGACCUUCAUCGCCGCCGAGGGAAUCUCCACCGGCUCCUUCAUCUACUGCGGCAAGAAGGCCACCCUCAACGUCGGCAACGUCCUCCCCAUCGCUCAGUGCCCCGAAGGUACUAUUGUCUGCAACGUCGAGGAGAAGGUUGGGGACCGGGGAGCGCUCGCCCGGACGUCCGGCAACUACGCGACCAUUAUCGGACACGGCGAGGAUGGCAAGACCCGUGUCAGGCUUCCAUCGGGAACCAAGGCGGUCAUCCCUAGCAAGUGCCGGGCGACCGUCGGGAUCGUGGCGGGUGGUGGACGUGUGGACAAGCCCUUCUUGAAGGCCGGCAGAAAGUUCCACGCCAUGCGCGCAAAGAGGAACUCGUGGCCCCGUACUCGUGGUGUGGCUAUGAACCCCGUCGACCACCCUCACGGAGGUGGAAACCACCAGCACAUUGGUCACGCCUCGACCAUGGCUCGGGACGCACCGGCCGGUCAAAAAGCUGGUCUCAUUGCUGCUCGUCGUACUGGUUUGCUCCGUGGUACCGCCGGCAAGACUGUCGACACCAACUAG